UGAUUAGUUAAUUUUAAACUCCUUAGACUGUUUGUACAAUAAAGUAAAAACAGCCAAGAGGUUGGAAAGUGAGCUGGCUUUGCUGUUGCCUAGCAACAUAGCAAAAAUUACAUUAUUCCACUGAUGGAAUUUGAUGAUGUCAAAGUGUUGUGAUGUCAUAAGAAACAGAUGCCUUGAAUGUCYUGCAUCUGAAUCAAAUUUGAAGUUGGUUGGUUUUUCCAUAUUGGAUUUAACUUUGCAUMGUUUCAUAGCUUUUCUGAUACAUCAGUCGGACAAUCAAAAUGUCGCCAAUGAACACCGAUUCAUUAACACUGUCCCAAAUUAACCAAAUGAGUAGGGAUGAAUUGGCUGCCUUGGUUGUGGAUUUUUUACAAAGGCUCAAGGAAAAAACUGCGAUACUGAUUAAGGACACCAUAAUGCAGGAUGAUUUGGAAAAAGCUCAUGAACAAAUYGGGCUUUUAAAUGAGAAAAUCGAUUCACUCACUAAAGAGCUAAACUGGUCUCUCAAGCAGAAGAAAUACCUGGAAAGUCAGAAAAUCCCAAAGUUAAAAAACGAGGUAGAGACCAGAGGUUCCCACAGGACUCAGUUGUUGUCUGAGGUCAAACAGUACCAAACUAAGGUUAAAGAGCUUCAAUCCUCUUUAAAAAACCUUGAGAGGGACUCAAAACAGCAGGUUGAGAAGGUUGAGGCAGAAAAGUGGCAAAUUCUGUCUGAAAUCAAUGCAUACAAAGUGAAGGCUGAAAAACAUCAAAGCGAAGUGAAGAAACUUGAGUUCGAGGUGUCCCGAAAGAUUGAUGAAAUCGGCAUAAAGAAUCAGGAGAUUUUGAGAGAAAAGGACAGGUACAGACUUCUCGAGGCCAAGGUAAACGCUCUAGAAAAGCACUUGAAAGAGGCAGAGAAGGAAAACAAAAUUCUUGAGAAGAAGGUUCCGAAAACCCCACUGGAGGAAGCUAUGGAUAGAACCAAACAAGAAUUUAGAGCAAGGGCCGAUUUAUCUUCAAGCGCAUUAGCUUUGGAAAAAAACCAAACCAGGACAUUAAAAGAACGUCUGACAAGAAAAGAACAAGAGAUGAGAAAACUCAAGGAGCAGCAGGCUGAGACCUCCAGGCUCUUAGCCUUCCAACAACAAAGAGAGGCUCUCUCUGAGAAAAAAGCUUUAGCCCACACAGAAUCUGAUUGGAGGGACCUAAAGACAGAAAUUAAAGCCUUAAAUUAUCAUAUAAAGGCACUAACCGAAAACAGCAAGAGGGAUCAAAAUCAACUUAAAGAAGCCACCAACAAAGUGCAUGAGGUGACACAAUUAUACAUCAAUGAAAAAAUGGAACACGAGCGAUUGAAGGAGUCCUUAGAGAACAAAGAGGAAAAGGUGGACCAUGAAAUUACUUUGAAGAGACCUACAGAUGUCAGCAAAACUGAAACAGAAACCAUCGAUAAACAGGUUCAAACACCGAUAGAGAAAAAGAAAGUCCAGUUACCCAAAACGAAUUCGAUAUGUAAUCGAAGAAUCCUAUAUCUUCGUGACGGCAAGUUGGAGCCAACAUUUAAUGACCUCAAAACACAGCCAAAAUUAAAACUGAAGCCAAUUCCCACAAGGAAGGUGAAGUCUGAAAUCUCGCAUUUUGCACCAGCAGGCAGGAAGAAAUGCCUUCCCCAAGAGAUGUGUCCAAGCAUAUCAGUGGAAAGUUCAGUGGAAGGAAAAAGUAUGGUAGCAAAAAGGUGCACAAGCAAAAUGUGGKGCCCAACUCAAGAACUAAACACAAAAAGUUUGAAAUCGUGUGACAGGUAGAGGAAAUAAAAGUGAACAUGAGUUAUGAUAGUGUAAAGAAGGUUUUAUGUUUUACUAGUUUGUUUCUUUUUUACUUUGAGUUAAAGCCUGAAGCAUUUUUAAAAGACUUUAAAGUGAUAUUCUACRGUUUGCACAGUGAUUUUCUAUUCUUAAAAUAAUUGAAAAAUACUUUUAAAAAAUCUAGUAAAAGUUGCUUAGCCACAGGACUUUGUUAUAUUUGUUCAAUAAUAGUAAACAUCAAACUCUUGGUUUUCAUAAUUACACCCCUUUUUCAGGUAAUAAACAUUUAACUACUUGUUUGGUAAUAAAUUAACCUUUAAAAAAAGUACUAGAACAUCAUAAAAGUGCCACUUUUUACCAAACAACCAGGCUUCAAAAGAGGUUUACGGUGUGGUGCAGGAGUCU